AUGGAUUCCUUAGACACUAGCACAACAUCAAUGAAUGUUAGCACAGAAAGAGUCGUAUUGAUGCCCAGAAUUGGUUAUACUAUUAUUGCAGUUAUUAUGGCGACAUCUUGCACUUUAUCUGUAAUUUUGAAUACAACUGUUAUUGUAGUCACUUUUAAGUACAGGCAGCUUCGUCAACCUAUCAACUAUUCCCUGGUCAAUUUAGCUGUAGCAGACCUCGGAGCAGCCUUGUUGGGAGGAACUCUGAACGUUGAAACAAAUGCUGUUGGGCAUUACAACCUGGGUAGAGUUGGCUGCGUCACCGAAGGCUUUGCUAUGGCAUUUUUUGGCAUUGUGGCUUUGUGCACUAUAGCCGUGAUAGCUGUUGAUCGUGCAAUUGUGGUUGCCAAGCCUUUGGGAACGCUUACUUUUACCACUAGGAAAGCCAUGAUUGGAGUUGCUGUGUCUUGGAUCUGGUCUCUUGUUUGGAACACACCUCCUCUUUUUGGUUGGGGAGGAUACCAGAUGGAAGGUGUAAUGACCUCCUGUGCUCCAGACUGGUACAACAGUGACCCUAUUAAUGUUUCCUACAUUAUCUGCUACUUUCUAUUCUGCUUUACAAUUCCAUUCAUUACUAUCUUGGUUUCCUAUGGAUAUCUGCUACGGACUCUACGCCAGGUGGCUAAAAUCGGAGUAGCCCGAGGAUCAACAACUAAAGCAGAAGCUCAAGUGUCACGGAUGGUGAUAGUGAUGGUUAUGGCAUUCCUGAUCUGCUGGCUUCCUUAUGCAACUUUUGCCUUGGUGGUUGUGGGUAAUCCUAAAAUCUACAUUAAUCCUAUUAUAGCUACUGUCCCCAUGUACAUGGCAAAAUCCAGCACAUUCUAUAAUCCAAUCAUCUACAUUUUUAUGAACAAGCAGUUUCGUGAUUGUCUCAUUAGGUGUCUUCUGUGUGGAAGAAAUCCAUGUGCUUCUGAGCAAACAGAGGAAGAUAAUCUAGACGUUUCUACAAUCAAUCCUUCCCCUUCUUCAAGAUAUGGCAAAGUUUAUCCUAUAUAG